CGGUUGUUUUUGAACGUCGUGGCGGGGCUGUCGUGAGGUAGGCUCGAGCUCCUGUCGCUCCACUGUGACCGUAACCAUGGAGCGGCAGCUCACCCGAGACCAGGGAAUCACCCUGCGCGGCAGCGCUGAGAUCGUCGCCGAGUUCUUCUCAUUUGGCAUCAACAGUAUUUUAUAUCAACGUGGUAUAUACCCAUCGGAAACUUUUACUCGAGUACAGAAAUAUGGACUGACUUUGCUAGUAACAACAGAUCCAGAUCUCAUAAAAUACUUGAAUAAUGUGGUGGACCAACUAAAAGACUGGUUGUACAGUUGUUCAGUUCAAAAAUUGGUGGUGGUGAUUUCGAAUAUUGAAAGUGGCGAAGUCCUUGAACGAUGGCAGUUUGAUAUUGAGUGUGACAAGACUGCAAAAGAAGACAGUGCACCAAGAGAAAAAUCAGUGAAAUCUAUCCAAGAUGAAAUUCGUUCAGUGAUCCGACAAAUUACAGCCACCGUGACAUUUCUUCCAUUGUUAGAAGCAGCUUGUGCAUUUGAUCUACUCAUUUACACAGACAAAGAACUUGUAGUCCCUGAAAAAUGGGAAGAAUCUGGGCCACAGUUUAUUGCCAAUUCUGAAGAGGUCCGCCUUCGUUCCUUUACUACUACCAUCCACAAAGUAAAUAGUAUGGUGGCCUACAAAAUUCCUGUCAACGAAUGAGGGGUAAGGGGAGGAAAAUAAUGUACAUGUGAUUAUCAAAUCUUAUUUCUCUUAAAAUAAUUUAAAUAGUGUUGAUGCAUUUUAUUUCAUUGGUUAAACUUUAAAUGGGAAAACUAAUAUUCUGUUGUAUUGGGCAUAAUUAUUCCACUAUUUGUAUAUACUUGACCUCCCAAGUUGACAUCAUGGAUUAGAGAGGAUUUUAGUACUUUCCCCUAAUUUUACGUGUUUUUGACUAGAUUAGUUCAGAAACACAGUUCAACAUUGCUCUAUAGUUGGAAAAAAAUAUUCAGUGGUAGGUGCUAACACAUCAGCCUCUUUAAGUAGGCACUGUUUUCAAUCUCUUGUCUAAAGUUGACACUUGCUUAAAAUCAAAUGUCUUAUUCAUAGCUUGAGUGAAAUGUUUAGUAAAGAGGUAAUGAAUAUACCCAAAGAGAUCGAAAUAUUAGAAUAUUUAGUUUUUCAAAUUUCAUUUUGUUCCCGGGAGUGUCUAAAAAGGUAGUUGAUUAUGAAUCCAUCAGUUAUCAUAAUGACUAAUUCAUUUUGUGCGAGAAUGUGACUUCUUUGAAAAUCUUCCAGAGUUUGAAAUACUUUUAUCAACAUUUGUAUAAGCUGUAAAAUGCUCUAGAUUUUUCUACUCUUCCUCAAAAGAACAAAACAUUUUUAAAAAUGUCUUUUUAUAUGUUUUACUAUAAUCAAGUCUUAAAUGACUGUAAAUGGUGAAAUAAAGUUAAUUUUAUGGCUUCA